AUGAACAUAUACAAACUCCGAUCUUUAAUUUACGUAUUUGAUUAAGAGUAAUGGUUUAAAUCAAUUUAAUAAUUGUUAAUAACAAAAAAUACAAAUUAACAAUAUUUGGAUGUUAUUCAACAAGCAUAUUUCUAAAAUAUUAAUAAAAUUGAAGAAUAAUGCAUUACAGAAUUAUUAAGACUUUUAUUAAAAGAAAAUGAAAAAUUUUUAAGUCUUAGAUUCUCAAGAAUAAUACAUCAUUAUAUAUUAAAAAAUGCAAAUAAAUUGGAAGGUUUAGAGGAAAUAAUAGUAAACUCUUAGUAAUUAGCUAUAAAGAAGGUUAUGUAAUAAGAUAAUUUAAUGGAAAUCUUGGAAUCUCUUUAAUUUAGAAUUGCUCAUAUGAAAAGUAUUCCUAAACAAAUAAGCAGAGUAUAUUUUGAAGAGAAUAUAAAAAUUUAUAAUGAAAAUAAUUGA